AUGAGAGGUAAACUAGCCAGAACCUUGCAAGCUCAAGCCUUGGAGAUCGUGGAGCACAUUGAUAGCAUUCCUGGACUAGCACGUGCUCGUGACGUCAGUGAAAAUGACUAUAAAAGCAGCUCUCCCUCCUCUACAGCCUCUGUCCAGAAGCCGACCGACUUCAGGAUGAGUGAGCCUUGUGCUUUGGAGCUGGGUGAAGACUUGGAGGAUGUCAAGCCUAUGGACCUCAUGGAUGAGGAUCCAGUAGAGACAGACACCACGGAUGUCCUCACAGUAGAGGAUAUCACCGACGAUGAUUUCCCCGAUGAGGAUGCCAACGCGGAGGUCACCAAGGAAGAAACCAUGCAAGAGAAGUCCUUGGAAGAGGAAGCCGAAGGCUCGCAGCCUUCCGGAAGCCGCCGCCACCGUCGUCGCCGCCGCCGCCGCCGCCGCCACUGCCUUAGGAACUUCGGCAGGUACUUCCCGAGGGUGCUGAAAAACGUGCAGAAAGGGAUGAGCUUGACCAAGAAGGCCGUGAAGAUCCUGAACUCCUUCGUAGAGGACAUCUUCCAGCGCAUCGCUGAGGAGGCGUCCCACUUGGCCUUCACCUCCAAUCGCACCACCAUCACCUGCAGGGAGAUCCAGACGGCUGUGCGCCUGCUGCUGCCCGGGGAGCUGGGCAAGCACGCUGUGCUCGAGGGCACCAAGGCCCUCAUCCGCUACACCACCAACAGCUGAGCUGCCGAC